CAAAAUAACGGGAGCUGAUAAUCGACAUUAUUCAUUUAUCUCGACAAAUAUGAAUUUUUGUAUAAAGUAUAUUCUAACGGCGAUGGUUGUGUCUGGUGUCGCAGUUGGUGCUAUUUCGCAUCCAAGACCUGUUCGCUCUGUCGCUAUGGAGAACCCCUGUUAUCUGGUUCUGGCAGAAGAUCCUAUAGAUACCUCCGAUUUCAUCAGCAGACUUACUGACAUACAGACAAGAUCCGAAGGUAUCGAGCUUGACGCCCAUCGCAUUAAGGCACAGCUCAAAGGUUCAGGAAAAGUGCGUUCAUUUACUGCAAAGGUUUUGGAUAGAUACAAUUUCAUGGAAACUGUAUCGCAAGAUAAAAUAUCAGCAGCUUUAAAUAGCCAGGUUGAGGCUUUACAAUCCCACUACGAAUUCCUUUUCGAGUACAUCGUCCAUAUCCAGGACAUUAAGAGCGCCGACAGUCUGAGCACGAACAUCGACGUCGCCAAUGCUGAACUGCUAAACGCUCUUGACAGUCUUGAGAACAAGCUUCAACGCACAGCCUGCAGCGUCGUACUUGCACUAAGAGCCAAAGGAAGUGAUAUGCCCGAAUACAAGCCGUCGCUGUUAGUCGGAUAUACAUCAUCACCCUUUUCUGCCAUUUACAACGCUUACAUUCUGGCAAACGACGGUGUCAAACUGGGUGCCUACCUCAAAGAAAUGUAUGGAGAUUUUUCAAAAGCAAACUAGGUUUAGUUUGGCAGAGGAAUUUCAAUGGUGGUGUUAAAAGAGGUUAUUUUACAUCAAUUUUUUUACAUUUAUUACAUGACAUUAUAUUUAUUUAUGAAUUUCAAUGAAACUCAAUCUUUAUUUAUAGUAUUAAAAUGAACGCUCAGUAUGCCGGUUGUAUUGCCAAGAUUGCACAUGUUUUAUCAUUUAUUUACUGAUUUAUUGAUUGCCAGUGUCUUUCAAUGCUCCAAACAUGCAUAUUCUACAUUUGUAUUUACUUUAUAUUGAAUGGUAUUUAUUUAUUUAUGCUCUAUUUUUGUAAAAUCUCAUCAAUAUGAUUUAUUAUUAAAGGUGAAUCAGUUUUGUCGAAGCUUACGAAAAAAUAAUUUGCCAGCAUUUUUUUUAUCAUAAUCAGUCUCAAACACUUGUUUUCAUUUUCGUUCGUUGUUUACACUAGGUUUAAUGUUGAUUGUGAACAUAUUUAUUUGCGUAUGAGUGUACUUAUUUGUGUACAUGUUGUUGUACAAACGACUUUUAAAUACCUGUGUUAUGUUAUACUAAUGUUGAUUGUGAACAUAUUUAUUUGCGUAUGAGUGUAUUUAUUUGUGUACAUGUUGUUGUACAAACGACUUUUAUACACUUGUGAUAUGUUAUACUAAUGUUGAUUGUGAACAUAAUUAUUUGCGUAUGAGUGUAUUUAUUUGUGUACAUGUUGUUGUACAAACGACUUUUAAACACUUGUGAUAUGUUAUACUAUCAAAUACUUAAUCCUUGUCAGGUUAAUGUUGUGUUAACGUUCUACAUUUUUUACAUUAAUUAUGUUUUAUUUCUUUUGCUCAAAUAACAUUUUUACUACUUUUAUUUAAUAUAUUUUACACAUUUAGGUGUGACCUUUAUCAAUAUAGCCCACAUUGAAUUUGAAUCAAACGAUGGCAUUGUCGUCAAUAUUCGACCAUCCAUACCUGUUCUAUGAACAAGACCAGAUUAUUGCCUUAACAUCUUCUUCCACAUGUUCAAGGACACUUCAGUUUGCAUGAUUGCAGAAAACA